AUGAAAAUUACAUUCGGUUUCGUGGUCGUCGGCGGGGGUUUAACGGGUGUUCUCAGUUUCGUCUCUUUAGCGCUUGCCAUUGGAACUGAAUACUGGUACAUCAUCGAGGACAAGCGCACGAACCACACCGACCCGGCGCGCAUUAACUCUGGACUUUGGGGAGUUACAGAUGAUGUCCAAAGUCAUGCAGAAGACACUGGAUAUUCAGAAUCAGAAAGGCAGAUGAAAAUCAUGCAUAACGUGAUUGCCAUCUUGCUGCCCUUGAGUCUGGUGAUGCUGGUUUUUGGAGGUAUCUGUGGUCUCGUCAGUUCCCUGGCCAGAAGCCGGACACUCCUGAUCGGAUCCGCUUCAUAUUUCCUCCUCUGCAGUCUUCUCACUCUCUCUGGGGUGAGUUUGUACAUCAGGUACUCUCAGAAGGCUCUGGAAGAAACUGAAAGGCGGAUGGGCCGUGAGCAAAUGGCUCAAGUGCACACAUCAUUCGGCUGGUCUAUGGGCAUGGCCUGGAUCUCCUUUCUUCUGGAGGUGAUCACUGGUCUUCUCCUACUGCUGGCUGUCAAGCUGGUGCCUUUAACCCAGUAUGAAGAGUCUGUCGCUCCCAUAUAGAGACUCACCACCUCCUUGAACCAUACAUGUCCAUUUCAGGCAAGGUAGUCAGUAUUUGUCAAGAAUAAUAGUAAAGUCAUCAACACCAUUAAAUAACAC